UCCUGCAGGAGCAGAGAGGAGGAAGAGGAGAAGGAGCUGAAGGUCACAGCAGGAGCAUCUUCUCCAUCAUCAUCUACCAGCUGCACCUGUCUCACUGCUGCAUCUGUCUCACUGCUGCACCUGUCUCACUGCUGCACCUGUCUGUCUGCUGCACCUGUCUGUCUGUCGGACGGACAGACGGGUUCUCCACCAGCAGCAUCACCGGUCUCCCGCUCCGCAUCCAUCUCUCCUCUCCUCUCCUUCCUCUCAUCUCAUCUCCUCUCCUCCUGCCUGUCUAUCUCUCUCUCCUCGUGCCUGUCCGUCGCCAUGGGGAACCGGGGGAUGGAGGACCUGAUCCCGCUGGUGAACCAGCUCCAGGACGCGUUCGGCUCCAUCGGGCAGAACUCCAGUCUGGACCUGCCGCAGAUCGCGGUGGUGGGCGGCCAGAGCGCCGGGAAGAGCUCCGUGCUGGAGAACUUCGUGGGCAAGGACUUCCUGCCUCGAGGCUCUGGGAUUGUCACCCGCCGCCCGCUGGUGCUGCAGCUCAUCAACUGUCCCUCAGAGUACGCUGAGUUCCUGCACUGUAAAGGGAAAAAGUUCGUCGACUUUGAUGAAGUCCGUCAGGAGAUCGAAGCUGAAACGGAUCGAAUCACCGGACAGAACAAAGGAAUCAGUCCGGUCCCCAUAAACCUGAGGGUCUACUCCCCCCAUGUCCUGAACCUGACACUGGUGGAUCUUCCCGGGAUGACGAAGGUCCCAGUGGGGGACCAGCCGGCCGACAUCGAGCAACAGAUCAAAGAGAUGCUGAUGCAGUUCGUCACCAAGGACAACUGCCUCCUAUUGGCUGUCUCUCCUGCCAACUCUGACCUCGCCAACUCAGACGCCCUGAAGAUUGCCAAGGAGGUCGACCCGCAAGGUCUGAGGACCAUCGGGGUGAUCACCAAACUGGAUCUGAUGGAUGAAGGAACAGACGCCAGAGACAUCCUGGAGAACAAGCUGCUCCCUCUGCGCCGAGGUUACAUCGGCGUGGUGAACCGCAGUCAGAAGGACAUCGACGGGAGGAAAGACAUCAACGCAGCGCUGCAGGCCGAGAGGAAGUUCUUCCUGUCGCACCCAUCCUACCGACACCUGGCCGACCGCAUGGGCACCGCCUACCUGCAGAAGGCCCUGAACCAGCAACUGACGAACCACAUCCGGGACACGCUGCCGGCGUUACGCAGCAAACUGCAGGGACAGCUGCUGUCCAUCGAGAAGGAGGUCGAAGAGUACAAGAACUUCAGACCGGACGACCCGAGCCGCAAGACCAAAGCCCUGCUGCAGAUGGUGCAGCAGUUCGCGGUGGACUUUGAGAAGCGGAUCGAAGGAUCAGGGGAUCAGGUGGACACGUAUGAGCUGUCAGGAGGAGCAAAGAUCAACAGGAUCUUCCACGAACGAUUCCCCUUCGAACUGGUCAAGUUAGAGAGUGAAGAGAAGACUCUCCGUAAAGAGAUCAGCUACGCCAUCAAGAACAUCCACGGGAUCAGGACCGGUCUGUUUACUCCUGACAUGGCGUUUGAGACGAUCGUGAAGCGUCUGAUUGCUCAGAUCAAAGAGCCGUGUCAGAAAUGUGUCGACAUGGUGAUUCAGGAGCUCGUCAACACGGUCAGACAGUGCACACAGAAGCUGGCUCAGUACCCAAUGCUCCGAGAGGAGAUGGAGAGAAUCGUCACCCAGCACAUCAGAGACAGAGAGAGCCGCGCCAAAGAACAGGUGUUGCUGCUGAUUGACAUUGAGUUGGCCUACAUGAACACAAACCAUGAGGAUUUCAUCGGCUUUGCAAAUGCUCAGCAGAAGAGCAGUCAGAUGAGUAAGAAGAAAGCAGCAGGUAACCAGGAUGAGAUCAUGGUGAUCCGUAAAGGCUGGCUGACCAUCAACAACAUCAGCAUCAUGAAGGGCGGAGCUAAAGAGUACUGGUUCGUCCUAACGGCCGAAACGCUGUCCUGGUACAAAGACGACGAGGAGAAGGAGAAGAAGUACAUGCUGCCUGUGGACAAUCUGAAGCUGAAAGACAUCGAGAAGAGCUUCAUGUCCAGCAAACAUGUGUUCGCUCUGUUCAACACAGAGCACAGGAAUGUGUACAAAGACUCACGUCAGUUGGAGCUGGCCAGUGAGUCUCAGGAGGAGGUGGACAGCUGGAAGGCUUCUUUCCUACGAGCCGGAGUGUACCCUGAACGCAGCGUGGACAAAGAGAAGGUGGAGGUGGAGGAGUCCAGUGGGGACGGGCAGAUCCACAGUCUGGACCCUCAGCUGGAGCGGCAGGUGGAGAUCGUCAGGAACCUGGUGGACUCGUACCUCGCCAUCAUCCACCGCACUGUCAGAGACCUGAUCCCCAAGACCAUCAUGCACCUGAUGGUCAACAACACUAAGGAGUUCAUCCAUGCUGACCUGCUGGCUCAGCUCUACUCCUGUGGGGACCAGAACACCCUGAUGGAAGAGUCCCAGGAUCAGGCUCAGCACAGGGACGACAUGUUGCGUAUGUACCACGCUCUUCGUCAGGGCCUCAGCAUCAUCGGUGACAUCAGCACGUCGACCAUCACCACGCCGAUGCCGCCGCCGGUGGACGACUCGUGGCUGCAGGUGACGGGGAUGCCAUCAGGACGCAGGUCCCCCAUGUCCAGCCCGACCCCACAGCGCCGCGCCCCGCCCGGACCACCUCGACCUGGCGGCCGCGCAGCACCGACUCGUCCCGCCGUGUCUCCUGACCCCGGACCGCCCAACGUCCCCUCCAGACCCAACAGAGCACCCCCACCUGGAGUCCCCAGAAUCUCUAUCAGUGACCAGUGAGGAGUUCACCAAUGUCGUCCGACUAAAGGUAGCCCCGCCCACGGAGAGAGUCCUCAGUCGUCUAUUGAGGGUUAACCCGCCCACUCACUGUCUGUCUCUACUGCACUGUUCUACUGGUCUCUACUGGUCUCUACUGAUGCUGUGUUACUGUGAACAUUUUACUAGUAAGAAUAAGAAUAAUGAUAUUGAUUAUCAGCACAUUAUAAAGCAAAUUAUCAGCAAUACUGAUGGGAGAAUUCACAGAAUGAUCGUGAACACUAAUGACUUCCUGGUGUCUCAGUUUAAUGUACAGAAGUUAUUUCAGCACAAACUUGUCCGUAAAGUUCUUCCUGUUUGUCAUCUGGACUGUUUUUGUGACUCGAGACUCGUUUUUAUAGGGAGUGAAUUUGGCUCCGCCCCUGUCAGCUCGGGGUCGAUCCUUCAGUGAAUUCAACCGUCUGUCUGUCAGGAGGGUGAGACAGGUCAGAGAUCACACCUGUCUGCACAGGUAGCUAGCCUGUUAGCCUGUUAGCUUGUUUGCCUGUUAGCGAGCUAGCUGCAGUGAACUUAUUUUUGCUGAUGAAAUGUUUUAAUUUAAGCAGAAAUGUUGCACUUUUCUUUACAGUGUAAAGUUUACAUUUAACUUAUGUAUUUAUUGAUCUAUUUAUUGAUUUAUUUAUGAUCUUCUGGUGAAGUUAUUGUGACAUUAUUGUUGUUAGCAAACACAUUUAGCAUUGUUAGCUUCUUUCAUUUAAACCAUCUGUUUCUACUCUGAUAUGUUGUUCUGACUGGCCCAGGUCCAGGUCCUGGUCCAGGUCCUGGUUCACGUCCUGGUCCAGGACGGGGUCCUGGUCCCGGUCCUAGUCCUGGUUCAUUUUGUUCUCACUGGGUUUAUGUGUGUCUGACUUCACACAGGAACUUUCUCUUUAUUUUCUUGUGAGUUUUCUGAAAAAAGAAAAUAAUCUGAAACCAACUGAAGCUCGAGUGUUUACAGGAAACUCACAGAGAAAAUAAAGUGUUCAGACAGUCGGAUCAGUUGGAUAUUAAUGUGUGUGUGUGUGUGUGUGUGUGUGUUGAUGGAAGAGCUGCAGAUAUUUGAAUUCAGCUGCAGAUGUUUGAGCUGUCAGUUUAUAUAUUGUCGUGUUGGUAGAUUCUGUUGCGCUGCGUUCAUCACGCCGCUCUGUGUUUGAGUGUUUGUAGCCGUGUUUCCUUGUGUGUUCAUCAGCAUGACUCUGUUUAAGGUAUUUAUUAACGUGUUAUAACAUCUGUUUAAAGUAUUUAUUAGCGUGUUAUAACAGUACAGUGUUGAACGCAGCUGUAGGUAGUUUCACUGUGUGUUAAUAUUAAUGUUUACAGAAUAUAUGAAGACUAUAACGUACAUUAGCUAUACGACGCAACAUAUUUAUCAUUCUACUGAAAUAUGCAGCGGCCCACACUGUAGUGAGUGUGUGUGUGUGUG